GUCGCGCGGACUGUUUCCUCCCUGCUGCUGCUGUUGCUACUGCUGCUACUGCUGCUCGUCGUUGCAUAUUUUUGUAAGACGAGAGUUCAGAACAGAGGACUACGCGCAUCGAACGAGGUUACACGCCACCGUUCGAUUCCCAGCAGAGGCGAGGCCCCUGUAUUUACAACUCGAAAUCCUCGACAAUUCUGUGAGUGCGCGUGACUCUGCGUCUGUGGUUUGGAAUACAGUGCGUGCUACGACCAGUAACAUCAAGGAUCAAAAUCCAACGACGAUGUCGUACGAAGUCAAGAACAUUUUUGCAACGCUGCCGCGAACGCAGAGAGGGCAGCCUCUGGUUUUGGGUGGAGAUCCCAAAGGCAAGAACUUUUUGUAUGCCAAUGGAAACAGCGUCAUCAUUCGCAAUAUUGAUAACCCAGCUAUCUCGGACAUCUACACAGAACACUCCUGCGCUGUUAACGUAGCCAAAUAUUCGCCUAGUGGAUUUUACAUUGCGUCUGGAGAUCAAUCUGGUAAAGUUAGAAUUUGGGAUACGGUGAACAAGGAGCAUAUUUUGAAAAAUGAGUUUCAUCCGAUCGGCGGGCCCAUCAAGGACAUCGCUUGGUCGCCCGACAACCAACGAAUGGUCGUCGUUGGAGAAGGAAGAGAACGAUUCGGGCACGUUUUCAUGUCCGAAACUGGUACCUCCGUUGGAGAAAUAUCCGGGCAAAGUAAGCCAAUCAAUUCCUGCGAUUUCCGACCGACAAGACCCUUUCGACUGAUCACCGGCAGUGAAGAUAAUACAAUUGCUGUUUUCGAAGGACCACCGUUCAAAUUCAAGAUGACCAAGCAAGAGCACACUCGCUUCGUGCAAGCUGUUCGCUAUUCGCCAUCGGGCAAUCUAUUUGCGUCAGCAGGUUUCGACGGCAAAGUUUACAUCUAUGACGGUACAACGUCCGAACUUGUCGGUGAAGUCGGAUCACCUGCCCACCAAGGAGGCGUGUAUGGUGUCGCUUGGAAGCCUGAUGGAACUCAACUGUUGACUUGCUCCGGUGAUAAAACCUGCAAACUCUGGGACGUAGAGACGAGAACUCUGGUUGAUGAAUUCAUUAUGGGCAAUACAGUUGAUGAUCAACAGGUGAGCUGUUUAUGGCAAGAAAACUAUGUACUUUCCGUCUCGCUAAGUGGCUUCAUAAACUAUCUCGACGUUAAUAAUCCACUGAAACCGUUGAGGAUAGUUAAGGGGCAUAACAAACCAAUCACAGUAUUAACAACCAGCCAAGACAAAAGUACAAUCUAUACGGGAUCGCAUGAUGGUUAUGUAACGAACUGGAAAUCGUCCACUGGUGAAAAUGACCGUAUCGGUGGUCAAGGCCACGGCAAUCAAAUCAAUGGUAUGAAGGCAUCGGCCAAUGUGGUCUACACCGCCGGAAUAGAUGACACUUUGCGGACGAUCGACAUCGCCACCAACUCAUACGAGAAUACAGCGAUAUUGAGGCUGGGCUCGCAGCCAAGAGGACUCGAUAUUUAUGGUGAUAUAGUUAUUGUUGCCGCUGUUAAACAGUUGAUAGUUACGAAAGAAGAAAAAAAAGUAUCGGGCUUGCCGAUUAAUUAUGAUCCAUCCUGCGUAACAAUUAAUCAAGGAAAUGGUGACGUUGCUGUUGGAUCAUCUUCCGAUAACAAGGUAUAUAUUUAUACACUGGACGGCACUAAUCUUACUCCGAAAACAGAACUGGAGCAUCUAGGUGGAGUGACUGGUGCAGCUUACAGUCCUGACAACAAAUACUUGGUUGCCUGUGACUCUAACCGAAAAGUCAUACUUUAUGUGGCGGAUGAGUACAAGUUGGCACAUAAUAAGGAAUGGGGCUUCCACAAUGCAAGAGUUAAUUGUGUAGCAUGGAAUCCUGAGUCUACAAUGGUAGCAAGUGGAAGCCUUGACACAACUAUUAUUAUUUGGAGUGUUUCUAAUCCAGCAAAACACACAAUCAUCAAAAAUGCUCAUUCACAAAGUCAAAUCACCAAACUUGAGUGGUUGAACGACGAGUCAGUGAUUUCAGUUGGACAAGAUUGCAAUACAAAAAUAUGGCGCGUGGAGAAAAUCUGAUCGUGAUGAAAAAGAAUCUUUUUUUUUCC